AUGCAAAUCACCACGGAUACCAACGAAUAUGUUCGGUCCAUCCAGCAGGCGCUUCAGUCGCUCACUGCUGCGACGGAGCGAUGUCAAUUGACGUACAUUGGCAGCAUUAGUCACAAUGUGCAUAGCCUCAGUACGAGAGAGGGCUCGCGGAGGGCGCUGGUCUUGGAGGCAUACAGAUUCCUCCAAGCCGCUCAGGGGCCGAUAGAUGCCGCUGCGACGUGUUAUGAACAGACCGCCCAUUUAGCCACUGUCCGAGCGCUGCUUGAGAUGGGAGUUUUCGAGGAGCUCCCAAACGAUGGUACUCCUCGAUCAACGAGCGACUUGGCAGCCAGGUUGGGUGUUGACCAGUCUCUACUCACGCGCUUGUUAAGGCACGCCUCGCUCUACGGCCCUCUCGAGAGAACGGGCGAGGAAUUGUACCGACACACCCCCUUCUCACUGGUAUACCUGCGCCCUGAGAUCAGGGGGAUGUUUAGAUUCGCCAUGAACGAACACAUGCCAGCCCACCUGAAGCUCCACGAAUUCCUAACCCUCAACUCCUGGAAAACACCAGACUCCACGGCAAACAACCCAUAUACACACGCCCACCAAACCAACGGCAAAACUAUGUUCGCGAACAUCUCGACCAAACCAGACAGAGUGAAAGCGUUCAACGACGGAAUGACAGUCCAAGCCAUGACCGCAAUCUGGAUGAUCGACCUGUUCCCCUUCCACAAGACCUUCUCUGCCUCGGAUUCUAGGCCUGCUGCUGUCCUCGCUGUCGAUAUUGGCGGGGGGAGGGGUAAAGCCAUCGCACGGAUCCGCGAUCUAUCCGGCGACGUACGUGGCCGCUUCAUUCUCCAAGAUCAGGCGCAUGUAAUCGCUGGACUUGAGCGUGGUACUGCAUCUACAUCGUAUCUAGAUGGGAUAGAGACUGUGGCACACGACUUUUUCAUAGAACAGCCGGUUCGCGGGGCGUUGGUUUAUCUGAUACGCCGAUGCUUGCACAAUUGGCCGGAGGAUAGGGUUGUGCAAAUCCUGAAACAUACAGCUGCAGCAAUGGAGCCGGGCCAUUCACGCCUCCUGAUCGAAGAAAUCAUUGUUCCUGUUCGAGAUCCCGGUAUUGAGGAAGGGUGGAUGGAUCUGAUAAUGAUGACGCUUGGUGCGAAGCAACGAACUUUGGAGGAGUGGAGGGCAGUUUUGGCGAAGAGUGGCCUUGAAUUGACUAAUGUUUACCAGGUUGAGGGGUAUUGCCAUGGCUUGAUUGAGGCGAGAGUCGUGAGUUAGGUAUGGUACUCCGUAGUCGAAAU